CCUCACUUUUAUUGCAAAUGUCAAUUAUUGUCAAUUCUUUGCUACAUCGCUGGGUAUUCUUUUAUGUUAUGUUUUUAUAAUUUUUCACAAAAGAGAUUAGUAUCAUUAGGUGAUUAUUUAAGAAGAAUGGGCAGGAAAAAUCGCAAUGUCAAUAAAUUUGCUCAACGUAAACGUGAAAAGAGAGAACAGGAAAAAAAUCCACAAGAAAAACCAAGUGGUGACACACGAAAGGAUUACGAAGAAAUAGUGAGAGAAAAUGCGACUUUUGAACAGUAUUAUAAGACUCAAAAAGUAUGCCCCGAUGAAGAAUGGUCCACCUUCAUGGCAUCCCUCAAGGAGAAUCUCCCGACAGCCUUCAGGAUAACUGGUUCAAAAGCGGAAGCCGAUGCAUUAAUGAAGGUUAUCAGCAGUAACUACUUCUCUGCAUUGUUGAACGGAGAAGUAAAAGAUGAUGGGACCAAUGAGAUAAUCAAGCCAGUCAAUGUGCCAUGGUAUCCUGGAGGCUUUGCAUGGCAAGUGAAGCUGUCCCGCACAGACAUCAGACGUAGCGAGACUCUGUACAAGCUGCACAACUUCUUGGUAGCAGAGACCGCUGCGGGCGGUGUGUCGAGGCAGGAGCAGGUGUCCAUGAUACCACCUGUGGCUCUUGAUGUCAAACCACAUCACAAGGUAUUGGAUAUGUGCGCUGCUCCCGGUUCAAAAACAGCCCAAUUGAUAGAGUUCCUACAGGCAGAAGAAGACAAGAUGCCUACAGGGUUCGUGAUGGCCAACGAUGUGGACAACUCCCGGUGCUACAUGCUGGUGCACCAGGCCAAGCGGCUCAACUCUCCGUGCAUCAUCAUCACCAACCACGACUCGGCGGUGAUGCCCGCGCUGCGAGUCACCGAUCCGCAGGACCCAAGCAAAACAAUUCCGUUAAAAUUCGACAGAGUGCUGUGCGAUGUGCCGUGUUCAGGUGACGCGACGCUCCGCAAGAACCCAGACAUAUGGCUCAAGUGGUCCGUCGGCAACGGGAACAAUUUGCAUGGCAUACAAUACCGCAUCUUGAAGCGCGGAUGCGAGUUGCUCGCCGUGGGCGGGCGGCUCGUGUACUCCACCUGCUCCUUCAACCCGGUGGAGAACGAGGCGGUGGUGGCGAGGGUCCUGAGGGAGGCCGACUGCUCACUCCAGCUCCGGGACGUGGCCGGGGAGCUGCCCGGACUCAAAUACAUCAAAGGCAUGACCCACUGGCGCCCAGCAUCCAAAGACAUGGUGUUCUACGACAAAUACGAAGACGUGCCGGAGCGGUGGCAGACUGUGGUGCGGCCGCAGAUGUUCCCGCCGACUCCUGAGGAGAUUGAAAAGUUCCACUUGGACAAAUGCAUAAGAAUACUGCCACACCAUCAAGACACAGGUGGAUUCUUCGUAGCAGUGUUCGAGAAGGUAUCCCCCGUACCGUGGACAAACGAAAAAGAUCCACAGUCAGAAAAAUCAGAAGUAAAAGAGUCGAAAAAAGAACCGCCUCAGAAAAAAAGAAGAAUAGGCGGCUACAGAGAAGACCCUUUUGUAUUCUUCUCUGGCGAUCAAGAAGAUGUAUACCCGUCGAUAAAAGAGUUCUAUGAAAUGAAAGAAGAUUUUGACGCGAAAUGCCUGCUAACAAGAUGUUAUGUAGGCAAAAAGAAGAAUAUAUAUUUGGUGUCACCGAUAGUGAAAGAUGUUCUAAAGAAGAAUGAGGCUAAUAUAAAGGUGAUAAACACUGGUGUGAAGACGUUUGUAAGGUGUGACAAUAAGAAUAUGACAUGUCCGUUCAGAUUAUCCCAAGAAGGUCUGCAAAGCAUAAUACAGUUCAUAGGAACAAAGAGGCGGGUGGACAUCCUAAGGGAAGACCUGAUCGUGGUGCUGCAAAACGACAACCCCUCCACACCGCCCGACAUCUCCAGGUUUACUGAACACACGCAAAACCAGCUCAAGGAGUUAGCAACCGGCAGCUGCGUGCUAGAGUACAAGGAUAAGGAAUCGAACCUGCGGCUGACGUUGGUGGGGUGGCGCGGGGUUCACUCGCUACGAGCCUAUACGGCCACACCCGACACCGUGCAUUAUUUGAGGCUACUCGGAGCUGAUACAAGCAAAUAUGAGGUAAACAAAUUCAAAGCGGCAGAAGAACAAUCGGAAACAGACGUUUCGAAUGUCGACGCAAUGGAAGUGUCAAACGCUGAAGAGAAACAGACAGAGAGCGUAGAAGAUAACGAAGAAGAUACGCAGACUGAGAGCAUAGAAGACGCAGAAGAAGCUCAGAGUAGCAAAUAAUGUACAGGCGCGGGUCGUGAUGUUGGAUGCUAUUUAAUGUAUCUGUUUGACCUGCGCAUUGACAAAUAUAAUAAAAUUAUUGCUAUUUAAA